UAAUAAUUUUUUUAUCGUAAAUUGUGUUUCGGUAUCAAAUUACGUUUAUAAUAAUUUCAAUUAUCUUUGUUACAGAUGAAUCAAAAGUGCAAAGUGUGUGGGGAGCCAGCGGCAGGGUUCCAUUUCGGUGCUUUUACGUGCGAAGGUUGUAAGUCAUUCUUCGGACGAUCAUACAACAACUUAAACUCAAUCACCGAGUGCAAAAACAAUGGGGACUGUGUCAUCAACAAAAAGAAUAGGACUGCGUGCAAGGCCUGUCGACUGCGUAAGUGCCUUGUGGUUGGCAUGUCCAAAUCUGGCUCCAGAUACGGAAGGCGGUCAAAUUGGUUCAAAAUACACUGUCUCUUACAAGAACAGCAACAAGCUGCUCAGUCACAAUCCCCACCUAGAAUGCCACAGUCACCUCACCUCGCGCCACCAUUUCCUCCCCACCUUUUUCCUGGACUCGCAAGACCUAGGACUAAAGAAGAAAUGGCGUUAUUAGGUCUGGAUGAUUAUAAAGCCCCUUGCUCCGGAUCUCCAGAUUCACAUCGGAGUUUAUCACCUCCGAAAUUAGACGAGAACUCGCGGAUUACACAAUCUCGCCCCCUGGACAAACCAUUGAACUCACCUAGAGAUGCUUUUCUCCCUCUUCCCUUAGGAAAUAUUUCUAUGCCACACUUUCCCCAUUCGCCGUUUUUACACCCGCCACCUUUUCACCCUUUCCCAACAAAUCAUCCGUUACUGUUCUCGCCUGGUUUCCAUCCAAUUUACUCCAGGCAUAUACUAGAUCAUGCGGCGCUAAGGCAGGCAGUAGAAAACAACAAUGACGUAAGAUACGACGACAACAAUACGGAAAAUUCUAAAAGAUUACUUUUAGAUGAAAUCCUUAAACAACAACGAUCCGCUGCACCCACGCCACAGGAGGAAGUAAUAUCUGAUGCUGAAUUUGUGCCUUCACCACCAAAGGAAAGGAGAACAUCGGAAUCUCCGUUGCAAGAGAAUCCUAUGGAUUUGUCAGUUAAGUCCGAUGAUCGGUCGAGUUCGGCCCGACGGAGGUCAGACGAUAGUGAAGUGAUCGCGCCAGAAAAUGACGAUCGAGAAUCAAUCAGUGACCAAGUGUCCGCCAGUGAAGAAGAAGAAAUUGCCUAUUCCCAGCUGAAGCGGAUUAAGCACCAUCCGCUAGACCUGACUACCAAAGUCUAA